GCGGGCGCCGCGGUGCUUGACUGUGUGGAGCGGGUUGCCGGCUGUGGCCAUGCAGAGCUCCGACUCCGAGAAGCCCCCCAAGCGGGCCCGAUGCGAUAGCAGCCCGAGAACGCCGCCAAACACCCCUAUCGUAGAGGCGAAGAUGUCCCCGCGCCUCGAGCUCCACCCGAACCAUAAAACCUGGGAUCCGGAGCAGGUGUGCUGCUACCUGCAGCACUGUGGCUUCAGAGACUCGGGGCUGCUGCAGCGCUUCCGAGAAAAUAAAAUCACAGGUUCAUUACUGCCCUUUCUUGAUGAUUCCCUUCUUGAAAAUCUUGGAAUGAGUUCCUUGGGUGAGAGACGGAAACUGAUUAGUUAUAUCCAGCAACUGGGUCCACGUCAUGUUGAUGCAAUGAAGGUAAUUAAUGAUCCUAUCCAUGGCCACAUUGAACUUCAUCCUCUCCUCAUUCGAAUCAUUGACACACCUCAAUUUCAGCGGCUUCGAUAUAUCAAACAAUUGGGAGGCGGUUACUAUGUUUUCCCUGGAGCUUCACACAAUCGAUUUGAACAUAGUCUGGGUGUAGGGUAUCUAGCAGGAUGUCUAGUUCGUGAACUGCGUGAAAAGCAACCUGAACUGCAGAUAAAUGAACGUGAUGAGCUCUGUGUUCAGAUUGCUGGACUUUGUCAUGACCUUGGUCACGGGCCAUUUUCUCAUAUGUUUGAUGGAAGAUUUAUUCCACUUGCUCGCCCAGGGAUAAAUUGGAAGCAUGAACUGGGCUCAGUUAAGAUGUUUGACCAUUUAGUUGAUUCUAAUGGACUCAAAGAUGUCAUGGAACACUAUGGUCUCGUCCUUAAAGAAGAUAUUUGCUUUAUUAAGGAGCAAAUUGAAGGGCCACAUGGAUCACCAGACAGUAAGUCGAAGUGGCCAUAUCAAGGACGCCCUAAAGAGAAAAGCUUCCUUUAUGAGAUUGUGGCUAAUAAAAGAAAUGGCAUUGAUGUGGACAAAUGGGAUUAUUUUGCCAGGGACUGCCAUCAUCUUGGAAUCCAAAAUAAUUUUGAUUAUAAACGCUUUAUUAAAUUUGCCCGUGUCUGUGAAGUGGAAAAUCGGAAACAUAUUUGUACAAGAGAAAAGGAGGUUGGGAAUCUGUAUGACAUGUUCCACACACGCAACUGUUUACACCGUAGAGCUUAUCAACACAAAGUUGGCAACAUCAUUGAUACGAUGAUUACAGAUGCUUUUCUCAAAGCAGACAACUACAUAGAGAUUUUAGGUACUAAUGGAGUAAAGUACCACAUUUCUACAGCAAUUGAUGACAUGGAAGCCUUUACUAAACUAACAGAUAAUAUUUUUCUGGAGAUUUUAUACUCUACUGACACCAGAUUGGAUGCAGCACGAGAUAUUUUAAAAAAAAUUGAAUCCCGUAACCUAUACAAGUAUGUAGGUGAGACUCAGUCAAGAGAAGAAAAGUUUCAAAGGGAAGACUGCAAAAAUUUUCCACAAGAGCUUGCUGAUGCUAAACCCGAGGAAGUGUACCUGGAAAUUGAACUGAAGGCUGAGGAUUUCAUAGUGGAUGUUAUCAAUAUGGAUUAUGGAAUGGAAGACAAGAAUCCAAUUGAUCAUGUUCGCUUCUAUUGUAAGACUGACCCCAACAAAGCCAUCAUGAUUACAAAAGAACAGGUUUCACGGCUUUUGCCAGAGAGAUUUGCAGAGCAGUUAAUUCGAGUUUACUGUAAGAAGACAGAUAAAAAGAGUUUGUACGCAGCACAACAGCAUUUUGUUAAUUGGUGUAAAAUCAGAGAUUUCACCAAGCCACAGGAUGGCGAUGUUGUAGCCCCACUUAUAACACCUCUAAAAGGUGAGUGGAAUCACAAUCCAGAUUUCCGUCGAGAAGCAUCCAAAUCCAGAGUCCAGCUUUUCAAGAACAAAGACGUGUGAAUGUCUGCAAUCAAUUCAUUAAGUUCAUUAAUCCAAAACAAUUCAUUAAUUUAGGAAAUUUGAUCAUAGAGCUUGCUCUUCAAAUUUAGUGAAAACUAGUACUUUUUAUAUUUUGAAUGUAUACACAUGCUAAAUCUAAGAAAUUUUUAUUCAAAGAUAAAGACAUAUUGGGCAAAUUUUGCUGUAUACAUGCUGUGAAAAGCAUUAUCUUGCCCUUUUUUAAAUAUUCAUUAAGGCUUCUCCUUUAGUCACCUAUUUUCUUAGAAUAACUUCCUUUUAACUCUUAUGAUAUAUGAUUGUUUUUUUAUUUUUUUUAAAUGAGACAAAGGUGCACACUGCAAUUUGACAUUGGGAUUGUCAUGAACAACCAUGGUUAAAAUCCUAGCCCUGAGGAGUUGCCCAUCACCCCAUAUUUGAGGCUAGUUCUCUGUAAGUGGUCUGAAUGUAAAAGACACCAUUCGCUCAACCCUUUUACCCCUUGUAAGCUGCUCAGUUGUAGUCAAUAGUUGAGGGCCAGGAGUGGGCUCUAACUCUGAUUAAUUUACUGAGAAGGUCUAAGAGCUCCGGCCUCCUCUGAAGUGGGACAUAGACUACCUUUUGGGAAACCCAUGCACCUGGUGCCAGAGGGAUUCCCCAAACCAGGCUGUUCUUGGGCUCAUUUACAGUUCCAGACUCUCCUGAAUACCCACUGCCUGAGUCCCGAGGGUUUUACCACUGGUGGUGUGGAGAAGGCUGCCUUCUGACCAGCUCUGUCACCUCCCUUGAGCUGGUCAGAAUUCUUCACAGGAAUCAUCCUCAGGGCUACUCAGAACUGAGACUUCAUUUUUUGCUAGGUUGGUGCAAUUUAUAGGUUUCAGAGCAAAGAUUGAUAUGUCUGUGCUGAGAUGAAUGAUUACCCCUAAAUUUCAGGAUCCCGUGUAACUGGAUGUCCCCAGCACUUACUCUUUGUCUCUAGCUGUGAGGUAGCAGUAGUUGAACAGUAUUCCUGCACUGAGGGCACCCCUACACACACACAUACACACACACACACACACCCCCCUCCCUCAUCCCCAGUUCUACAGAAGUUCACCAUGAGCAAAGUCUAAUGUUAAUGCUGAAGCCUCCGGGUUUGGUCCUGAAGAUACAAGGCAGUAGGGAGUGUUAGCGACGAGUCCCUGACUUCACACUCCCUUAUGAGGCCCUCCUUGAUUGACUGGGAAUAGGGAGCCAGCGCUGGCUUGGGCAAAAGCAAGUGGGAGGAAGGGAGCACUGAGAACCUGCCAAGAGACUCACCUCAGAGUCUUAGAAUACUGCCACCUACCACUGUGUAACCAGCUUCUGUUGGCACUGGGGUGAAAAUUAUGUGCCACUUGGAAUGUAUGCCAUUCUGUAUUAUACCCCCUCCAGCAUCCCUCAGUAGGUAAUCAAGAUUUCAUUGUAAAUCAUAGGAGAACAGUGAAAAUUCUGCUCUCUCUCCCCCACCAUGAUUCUGUGAGUGUGAGGUGUGUUCAAAUGGAGGCUCAUAGAAGCACAGAUGAGGUGGGCCAUUAAACAGGGUCAUACCUGUUUUGGCCAUUGGUGCCUCUAAAACUUUCAGUGGGGAGAACCAUUUGACUCAACCCAAGGUUAAGAAUGUAAUGUUUUUCUGCUAAGAUGGUUUUAUUUUUGUAACUCCUACCUUUAAAUAAUUUUUAUCUACUCUAGAAUUUUGUAGACCCAGUAUUGUAUCACUUUGCUAUCCGAAAAACAACUUGAAUCUUUUCCAUUUGCAUCUUUUGUUACUUAUAAGGCAGCUGCACUUUAUGUCCUUUGCAACUGUUUUAAUUGUAAAAGAACCAUGUGUCAUUUACAAUGUUAAAUUUUUCUUAAACAUCUUCACUAUUAUAAAAAUGGAGACUUUAACAACUUUACCUCUAGAGUUAGUUAACAUUGUCACCUUCAGAAUGUAAAUAGAAGUGCAAGUUAAAAUGAUGCUUGGGUGAGGAAAUAGCUGCAAUAAAACUUCAUGAAUGUAUUUCCAUCUUGAAACUAAAGGUAUGUUUCUUAAUGACUUUAUCUCAGUCUUAUGUGUCCAGCUUUAACCCUUUUGUUCAAAGGAGAUGUGUUUUUUCUAGGAAUCCACCCAGAUAUUUGAUGGUAUAUCUGCAAGGGGGCUGUAUUUAACAGGCCAGUGUUACUUGAUUUCCUUCUGUUAAUAAUGGUGGAUAAUAGCGAAGUUUUUCCUUCUAGUAGGAAGCAGGCAGUAGCAUGGGAACGGAUAUGGAUUUUUCUUAUUUUUCUGAUCUCCUGUUGUGCCAGAAAAUAUCCUCCAUUUUAGCCUUUCAGGGUUCCUUUAUUCUAACAUAAAUAAAGUCCCUUUAUUCUAAUAUGCAUACCUUUAUUCUUUGUUAUAAACUUCUUUAUUCUAUUAUGCAUACCUUUCAUUUGCUGCAUUCAUAUCUUCCCUGUGAAAUUAGAGAUUUGCAAGCACCUGGCACACUGGCAGUAGACAGGCCUCAAUGUUACAGAAAAAAAUUGAAGCUAACAGAGUCUUUAUUUCACCAGUUAAACCCAGGUUCUAUGGGUUUAAUUUUCUUUAAAAUAAUUUCUAAAACAUACAUUGCAGAAUCCCAUUUUUAAAAAUCUCUCUCUCCGUGGGAAAUUUUCUGAAAGAUAGACAUGAAAAUGUUAGUAUUGGAGGGGAGGGUUGAAUUUCAGGUAAUGUUUGUAUCUUUUUUUCUACAAUAA